AUGCUGCACGUUCAUACUUUCAUCCUUAUUUCAUUGUGCUAUGGCACCCUUGGCAGACCAAGACCCCAUAAGGAUCAUAUCAUCUCCACUAUGGAUCAGAAGUUUGCAGAGGACUACCUAAACAAAUUCUAUGCAACCGGCAACAAAGAAAAAAACACAUUUGUCGACAGGAUUAAAGAAAUGCAGAAAUUCUUUGGAAUGAAAGUAACGGGGGUCCUGACCUCAGAGACUAUGACUAUGAUGAAAGCCCCCAGAUGUGGGAUGCCAGAUGUGUCAGAGUUCAGAGCAUUCCCUGGAAGACCCACAUGGCCACGAUCUGCCCUAACCUAUAGAAUUGUAAAUUACACUCCAGACCUACCCUCCAGUGUGGUCGAUGACGCAAUACAGAGAGCGUUCAGUGUUUGGAGCCAAGUGACCCCUCUAACAUUCAGCAGAGUCAGCAACCAACAAGCAGAUAUUCUGAUACAAUUUGCAGCACGAGCUCACGGUGAUCAGUCGCCGUUUGAUGGUCCCAAUGGUGUGCUAGCUCAUGCGUAUGCCCCCGGUGGUGGAAUAGGGGGUGAUGCCCAUUUCGAUGAAGAUGAAACUUGGACAAAUGACAGAAGAGCUUUCAAUUUAUUUUUAGUAGCUGCGCACGAAUUUGGUCAUUCACUGGGACUAGAUCACUCUGAUGAUCGUGAGGCACUGAUGUUCCCAACCUAUCGUUAUGUAAACACCGACAACUUCCGCCUGUCACAAGACGACAUCAAUGGGAUACAGUCACUGUAUGGUAGAAGACCCUAAUAACUCCAUGGAAAGAGAUGCCAGUUGGAUGACCGCUUAUCAAGGAAUCCUUUGACAGAUGUGGACAGAUAUCUCAUUAUAUAUUAGCUAUAACUUUGCAAUGAAACUAAUACAGUAAUUAUAUACAAAAGGUUUCAAAUUAAUCUGAAAACGUAUAGCAUAGCUAACAAUUAAUGAGAUAAAGUAAUACUGUACCAUGUUAUAUCAAAAUGUAAUAGAAAUAUAUAUAACAUACUGUAGCUAACAGUUACUAAGAUAAAGAAACACUGUACAAUUAAGUUAUCUACAGGUAUUGUGUACAAAGCAAUUGAUAUACUAUAGAUGAGUAAAUAAUGCAAGAUUUAGAACACAAAUAAAAUGAUAAUGAAACAUAAUAACUGAACAAAAUGGUGAUUUUAAGAGCAGUAAUAUUGAACAUAACGGUGAUUUUAAGAAUAGUAAUAUUGAACAUAACGGUGAUUUUAAGAAUAGUAAUAUUGAACAUAACGGUGAUUUUAAGAAUAGUAAUAUUCUUUUUUAUUACA